GACAUGGCAAGACUCGCUGCGACGCGGCGCCGGCGACCGCGACGUCACGACCGACGUCACGACCGGCGGCACCAACGAGCGAACGGCGGUCGACGGCGACGACUCUCGCCACCUCGGACUCCACCGGCAACGGACUACUCUUCUGAACUAGCCUUGACCCGAACUUUCAUUGCGAUUUAAGAAGGCGAUACAACCGGCCCUUUCAUACAGUCCACUUAUCCUCGUAACAAUAACAUUGGUCCUUUAGGAUUCUCACCGUCUUAAUUUUCGAAAUCGUCGAAAUAACGGUCACCGCAAUGUUCAACGUCGAGUCUCUGCGCACUUCAAAACGCGGUCUUCAGCUAUAGAAGAUCUUCGGGAGCCUUCAUCGUCGUCAAGAUCAUCAUCCUGCCGAAGAAACUUCGCCCGGCAACCGCGCGCGCUCGAGAACAAAGUAGUCGACGGAACGCCGGACUUCGGACCAACCCGCUGAAUCUGCGAGUCAUCGUCAAGAAAAGGAGAAGAUUGCAUCAGCAAGGAUUCACUGGUGGAUGGUUUGGUCACUCUGCGAGAUCGAGAUGCUUUCGGACGACCCCUCCGUUUCCGAGUUGGAGCGCGAGGAGUUCGAAGCCGGGUACCACCCGCUGGUAGCCGAGGCGCGGCGCCUGCUGGGUGCACAGCCCCAGGAUACUUCCGUGAUACAGCUCGAAGAUGCACAGAUUUUUGAAGUCUUUCAACACCUUCAGUACUUCAACCCGGGGAGCAUGUUGAGACAUGGCAAGACUCGCUGCGACGCGGCGCCGGCGACCGCGACGUCACGACCGACGUCACGACCGGCGGCACCAACGAGCGAACGGCGGUCGACGGCGACGACUCUCGCCACCUCGGACUCCACCGGCAACGGACUACUCUUCUGAACUAGCCUUGACCCGAACUUUCAUUGCGAUUUAAGAAGGCGAUACAACCGGCCCUUUCAUACAGUCCACUUAUCCUCGUAACAAU